GUAUAAUCAGCCAACAUGGCCGCGUCCAUGAGACUUCUGGUGAAAAGGGUGAUCCGUCUUUCUCAUAGAAAUUUUAACGCUACCGCCGCUGGAGUUUCGGGUCGAUCAGGUUGCUGCUGGGGAACGGCGUCUUGUCGUUGCUUUAGCGAUGACAGAAGUACGCAUUUUGGCUUCGAAACGGUGCCAGAGGCAGAGAAGGCGAAGAGGGUGUACAAGGUGUUUGAGAAUGUGGCCCAGAAGUAUGACAUCAUGAAUGAUGCGAUGAGUCUUGGGAUUCACCGACUGUGGAAGGACUCGCUGCUGCACGUCAUGAACCCACAGCCUGGUGCACAGCUCCUGGAUGUGGCGGGUGGAACAGGUGACAUCGCCUUCCGUUUCCUGGAGUAUGUUCGUUCUCAGCAGGAGAGACAGAGGCGUCGGUCGGCACGGUCCAUGCAGACGCCGUCCUGGAAGGACAUUUCCAACAACUACUCCACAGAGGAAGAGGAAAGGCCCCAGGAAUCCAAGGCUGUGGUCUGUGAUAUAAACAAGGAAAUGCUGAAAGUGGGGAAACAGAAAGGAGACAGCAUGGGGAUCAGUGCUGGUCUGUCGUGGGUGGUGGGGGAUGCAGAGGAACUGCCCUUUGAUGACGACCAGUUCGAUAUUUACACCAUCGCCUUUGGCAUUCGCAAUGUCACUCAUAUAGAUCAGGCACUCCAAGAGGCUCUGCGAGUCCUGAAGCCUGGUGGCAGGUUCCUGUGUUUAGAGUUCAGCAAAGUGACAAAUCCUGUAUUGGCAAGACUCUAUGACGCAUACAGUUUCCAGAUGAUCCCAGUUCUUGGAGAGGUGAUUGCUGGAGACUGGAAGUCCUACCAGUAUCUGGUGGAGAGUAUUCGCAAGUUCCCUGACCAGGAGGCGUUCAAGCAUAUGAUUGAGGAUGCAGGAUUCUACUGUGUGCAGUACUACAGCUUCACUGGUGGAGUUGUGGCUAUUCACUCCGGGUUCAAGCUGUGAGAUGCACUCCGAGCACCAACUAUAACUUACAAAUAAACAAAAAGGAAGUCCUGGUUCUGUGUUUCAGGCUUUUUCUGCCUGUGUGACACACUGCCUGCAGACUUCUCAGACAUAAAGUACAGGGCAUGAGGCCCCAGAGAUCCUCUCUGCAAAAGCCACUGCACAGUGACAGAAAAUCAGAGGUCAGUGGACGUAUUUCUUUCAGUACUUCUUUUCUGUUUGUGAAAUCUGCACUUUAAUGCUGCUAUUGGUUCUGGCAGAGUAAAAACUAGGUUUUCUCUGUAUCUGCAGUUUCAGUGUUAAGACAACUGGUGAGUUUGAGUACAGUUCAUUUUGAAUAUUUUUUGUAACAUCUACAUUUUGGUGAUGGAUAAUAAAAACUGCAAAUGUUGA